ACAUAAUGAAAGUGAAAGUAAACAGCGUGGAUCGGUCAUCGAUACACUGACGAAUUUUAAUCUUCACAACACAAACCUGACAGUGACACACUCUCUUUUGAUUUAGUGGUUAGACAUUCUACUUCCACCUUCUGGAACAACAUUUUUUCAGAAUUAUUGAGGAUAUUUAGGUUAAUAGUGAAUUGAAAGAAACGACUUCGUCAACAGAAUGUUUUUAAAGAAUGUAGUUUUCUUAACCUUUCUCUACUUCAUUCAAGGACUACCGUAUGGACUACAAGCACGAUUUCUUCCUGUAUAUUUCCGAUCACAUGGAAUGUCCUUAACAGACAUCAGCAUGUUCAAACUCCUUCUUACACCAUGGAUGUUGAAAGCCCUUUGGGCCCCUUUUGUGGAUAAAUAUGGAACCAAAAAAUCAUGGCUAAGUUGGAGCAUGGUGGGACUAGUAUUUACGUGUUUAGCAGGUGCCUUCACACCCCUGAAAACUAUUAUACCCUUGGCAUGUGUGCUAUUUCUCUUUAAUCUCUUGACAUCAACUCAAGACAUUGCAGUCGAUGGAAUAGCAAUAUACAUUCUCUCGGAAUCUGAACUUGGUUAUGGUAACAUUGCUCAGGUUGUCGGCUAUAAGUUUGGGUCUAUAUUUGGGGGUGGUGUGCUGACGUGGCUGAGUGAUUAUUUGGAGUGGUCUUCAUUACUCUUCAGUCUUGCCGUAGUGUAUGUGAUAUCAUUAUUGAAUGUUGCAUUCCUAGUUUCUCCAACUGACCAGGGACAGAAAGACACUGAUAAGAAAGCAUCCCCAGAAAAAGAAGCCCUAAGACGGAGGCCUCAAAAAUCAUGGUUUAUACAACAUUUUAUUGAAAUCUUCCAAUCUCCAGGAACUUUGUGGAUGAUGGGCUUUGUUCUACUUUAUAAACUGGGAGAAAUAGGAGCCUUAAACAUGCUGCCAUUAUUUCUGAUUGACAAAGGUAUCCAGGCUUCCUCUGUGGGAUUCUGGACUGGAGUGGUAGGACAAGUCAUUUCUAUAUUUGGUUCCAUUCUGGGAGGAAUCAUUGUGUCUGGCAAUAGACUGACUGCUUUGAUUCUACACGAUGUCUGUGCAUUAAGACUUGUGCCAAUGUUAUUCACCACUGUUGUUAUAUUUUCCUGGGUAGAAAAAAGUCAGGUUUGUUUUGUACUUGCCAUUAUUUCCAUGUGCCUGAUGUUGCUGAUAAGUGGAAUAGUCACCACAGCCACAUUUACUCUGAUGAUGCAAUGCUCUAAGAAGGCUCCAGUCUGUAUACAAGCCAGCCACUACACCACGCUGGCCACCUUAGAAGUGGUGGGAAAAUUGUUGUUUUCUGUGCUGUUAGGAUCCAUUACUGAUUCAAUAGGAUAUGAAUAUGUGUUUAUUUUGUUUCUUGUAUUGUCGACCAUAAUCAUUAUAUUUAUCCAAAAAUGUCCCAAAGAACUUAUUCACCAUGCAGUAGAGGAGACCAUAAAGAAAGCUGAGUGAUCUGAAACAGCUGUUUAAUCACUGUUUGUCCAUUUUGCUCUGUCUCACGAUUAACUUUGCACAUUUGUACCUCGCUGGGAUGAAUAUGUAGAGAGCUUUGUCAUAUCCUCUGUUCGGAGCUGAUGUGUUAUCAGUGGACAGCAAGACCAAGGGAAACUACUCUGGACACUCAGCAAUGAAGCACCAAUUCACGUUCUUCUCACAACUACAGGAUGUCCUAUUUCACAUCCUUAGCCCUUGUGUCAUCAAACAUUUAAUCAUUCAAAGUUUUGAUUAACUUGUGUCUUUUGCAAUUAGCUACUUUUCAAAGACUUACUUGAUAAUUACCAUAUUGUAAUAUUUGUUACCAAAUUUUAAUGAUACGAUUUUGAAAGUUUUUUGACCUUGUGGUAUUGACCUGCACAUACUUUUCAAUAACUAACCUUAUCGUUUUAUGACUUUUUUAACCUUUGACCUACAUUUCAAAAACUUACCUAGUCUUUAAUGAUAUCUGCAUCAUUCCAACAUUCAUCUACAUGAAUUUUUUACUAUACAAAAAAAUUCUAAACUUCAUCUUGAAAUUUAUCAUAAUAAGCAUACAUAUUGCAUGUGAGAUGACCUUUCAAAUGCUACUACACUUUACCAAAAUGUUUGACCUUGGUCGUAUUGUUUUGAACUGCAUAGUGACAGCAGGAGAUUACUUUACAUGUCAGAAGUCUGGUUAGAAUAGACAGGACUUUGUUUAUUGCUCAUAUGAGGGUUUCUGUGAAUAAUGAUGUCACAGCAACCAAUGCUUGUGUUCCUUAGAUUCACUCUCUGGUUUUAGUCUUUACAUUAUUGCAGUAGUCUCGCCUGCUGGUCAGCUUGAUUCUGUGACUGCUCUUCAGGCAAUUCUGUCCUUUGAUGCUGGGCAGGAUGUUUCAAGAUCUUUAGACAUAUUCCAACCAUGUCUUUCUGGGCUUGACCUCCGCAAUAACUCUAGUGUUUCCAAACUAUAUAUGAAGUAAUGAGUUUGACAUGGACCAGUCAUCUUUACAAUUUGAAAAUGUUUGUUUGUUAUCUUUCAAGCAGCCCUUUUUGGCGAUGCACAACCCCCACUAGCUCCGUUGUCUUCUGACAACUGUCGACUUCUUCACCCACUAGCUCCGUUGUCUUCUGACAACUGUCGACUUCUUCACCCACUAGCUCCUUUGUCUUCUGACAACUGUCGACUUCUUCACCCACUAGCUCCAUUGUCUUCUGACAACUGUCGACUUCUUCACCCACUAGCUCCGUUGUCUUCUGACAACUGUCGACUUCUUCACCAGAAACACUGGACCAAAAUCUAAUUUUACACAAAGUAUUAUUUAUUGUUUAUGGGAAACAUUAAGAGAUAUCAAAGAUAAAAUAGGGUGACUUUGUCACAUAUGAGGUAGUUUUUAGGCUAUGAAUAAGUGUUUCCAUGCAAAUGAGGAAAAAUCAGUAAAUUUACUGUAAACUAUCUCUUUCUGUUUGUAUAUUUUGAGCAAAUUAAUCUAAAUACUUGUUGUUUGUGGCAUGUAGUGCUAGGUUUUAAUUAUGUUAUACAUUGUUCAUCAACAAAACUGCCGCGGUGCAAGUACAUACAUUAAAUAAUUCAAAGCAAAAUCGAUGCGAGAAGCAGAAUUUUCUACCCAAUGUCAUUUUUGCUGCGCAAGUAUCACCACUUCAUCAGGCAGGUUCAUAUAUUUUGUAAAUAUUGCUCGAGAAAAUGCACUGACCGGCAUCAUUUACUCAAAAUAAUGAUCAAACAAGGUCAUGCCUGGGACUUACACAUGAUGACAUUGCAAUGUGUUAUUUCACUUGACCUUUUACAAUAUAUAAAAGAAUUGCUGAGAAUCCUUGCGCUAGAUCAAUUUAGUGUAAAUUUAAUGUCCAUAGCUCUGUGACAUCAUCUCCACAUCACUGUAAUGACACAAUAUAAUGCACUUAAGUCAUUUAUGCAUAGAUCUGUAUCAACAGUUUCACUUCAUUUGAGUUGAGUGUGAAUUAUUGAUCUCAAAAUAAAAAUGAUUGCUUGUGCAUA